AUCGCACACUUUAUUCUAGAGAGUCAAAGCAUUAAUUGAAUUAAGCCAGACAUGUUGGACUUAAGUGGUAAAAAUGUUGUUUAUGUGGGUGGAUUCAGUGGAGUUGGCUAUCAGGUUUGCCGUAUUCUGAUGCAGAAGAAGAUCAGUCAUUUAUUUGUCUGCAGUCGCAUGGAAAAUAUGGAAUUAUUAAAGGUAUUGCAGGAUAUUGCACCUACGGUUAAUGUAGUUUUUGUAGGUGUUAAUAUUUUGAAUCGAGUAAGCAUUGAGAAGGCUGUUGCGCAAAUAGUUGGAGUAGUAAAACAUAUUGAUGUCUUAAUAAAUGGUGUUGGUGCUUUGGCUGAUAAGGAUGUUGAGACCACAAUUGGUCUUAAUUUGGCUGGCUUAAUUAACACCACAUUUGCUUGUUUGCCUUACAUGGAUAAAACUCAAAUGGGUCAUGGCGGUGUUGUGGUGAAUAUUGCUUCAGUAUUUGGCUUAGAACCUGCUACCCCAUUUGCGGUAUAUGCCGCUGCUAAGCAUGGUGUAGUUGGAUUUACGCGUUCUAUGGGCGAAUCGCAUUACUAUCAGAAAACAGGUGUUUGCUUCGUUUGCGUCUGUCCUGGUCUCACUUCAACAGAAUGGAUGGUUAAUUUACGUGAAAAUGUAACUUGGGAGCAUCAUUCAGAUGAAUGGUUGAAUCUUGUAAGUGAUUCUAAACAUCAGACUCCAGAAGAAUGUGCUAAUGGUGUAGUCAAAGCUGUAGAAGUGAUGAAAAAUGGUGGUGUCUAUAUUUGUCAAUCCGGACAAAUUAAGGAAGUUCAGCCUACAACUUAUUGGCAUAUGCAAUAACAUAAUUAUAGAAAAAGUUGUAUGAUUUUAAAUAAAUGGUGAUGAAUUAAUUAUUGCAUUGGGCUAUAUCACUAUUUUUAGUUAUGUUCAAAAUUUAAAUAAAGUCAAAUAAGUUACUUCUGAUAUUUAAUACAAA